AUGCAGUGGAUCCGGGUCGUGUGUGGUAAGGCAUUGUGCGCAAGUCACACACGGGAAGUGGUGGACAAGAACCGGUCCUGGCAAAGGAAAGGUCGAUUUGAUUGUGUCCUUGGGUGUUUAUGGGCACUUGGUGCAUCCGUUGGGCAUGCUCCCAUGGUGCUUGAUGAUUGUCCGGAUGGCCAACUGAUCCUGCACACAUCUGCGACUGGGACCUUGGACUUUGAGAAGUGGGCUGGAAACCCAAGGACACCUGGUUGCCAGUUUUCAAUGCCUUAUUCUUUGAGGGCAUGCGGACCGGAGCUAGGAUUGGUCUGGUAA